UUCGACUUUUCUUUUCUCGCCGCCCUUGAAAUCUCACGAUCAUUAAACCAAACAGACUCUUUCAAGUCGCGUUGUCCAUUGAACAGACAAUUUUCUUCGUUUCCCUGGUUCAAUAUGUCUGUUUCGAGGUCCUCGAGAGACCUCCUCUCCCUCUCUCGCCAAUUGACACGAUCCCCAUCACGAUCCGUCCCGCGCUUGCCUGGACGUCAUCACCUUCAUCACCCCUCAAGAAGCCAUGCACGAGGCGUCGCGACCUUCACUCCGCCCCACCAGGCUAGCGCAAUCUCCGUCCUCCAGAGCAAUGUAGACCCGACGUCGGACGAGUUCAGGGAGAACGAGAAGAACAUGGGCGACGUCGUCGCACGCCUCCAGAACCUGACCAGACGGGUUCAGCUGGGCGGACCUUCAAAGGCUAGGGAGAAGCACCUGGCGCGUAAGAAGAUGCUCCCCCGCGAUCGCGUCAAUGCCCUCAUCGACCCGGGGACUACCUUCAUGGAGCUGUCGCCCUUGGCCGGCUACGAGUUGUACCCAGAGGCGGAUGUGCCGGCCGGCGGGAUUAUUACCGGCGUCGGUGUCGUGGAAGGCGUCACCUGCGUUAUCGUGGCCAACGAUAGCACCGUCAAAGGCGGCACGUAUUAUCCCAUCACCGUGAAGAAGCAUCUGAGAGCCCAGGCCGUCGCUCAAGAGAACAACUUGCCGUGCAUCUACAUGGUCGAUAGUGGCGGCGCCAACCUCCCCCAUCAGGCCGACGUUUUCCCCGACCGUGAUCAUUUCGGCCGCAUCUUCUACAACCAAGCCCGCAUGAGCGCCAAGGGCAUCCCCCAAAUCUCUGUCGUCAUGGGUCCCUGUACGGCUGGAGGCGCCUACGUGCCGGCCAUGAGCGACGAGAGCAUCAUCGUAGAGAACCAGGGCCACAUCUUCCUCGCCGGCCCGCCCCUCGUCAAGGCCGCCACGGGCGAAGUCAUCUCGGCCGAAGAGCUGGGCGGAGGCAAACUCCACUCCUCCGUGUCCGGCGUCACAGACUACCUCGCCGUCGACGACGCCCACGCCAUCACCCUCGCCCGCCGGAGCAUCAGCAACCUCAACUGGCCGGCGCGGUCGGCCGCCCCCACGGUGGUGCCACCGCGCACCCAAUACGCCGAACCGGUCUACCCCGCGUCCGAGCUCCUGGGCGUAGCGAGCACGAACCUCCGCAAGCCGCUCCCGAUCCGCGAGGUCAUCGCGCGCGUGGUGGACGGCUCGGAGCUGGCCGAGUUCAAGCGCGACUACGGCCCGACCCUCGUCACCGGCUUCGCCCGCAUCCACGGCUACCAGGUCGGCAUCGUGGCCAACGACGGCAUCCUCUUCUCCGAGAGCGCGCAGAAGGGCGCGCACUUUGUCGAGCUGUGCGCCCAGCGCGGCGUGCCGCUCGUCUUCCUCCAGAACAUCUCCGGCUUCAUGGUCGGGUCUGACGCCGAGAGGGGCGGGAUCGCCAAGCACGGCGCCAAGCUGGUCACCGCUGUCGCCUGCGCCGACGUGCCCAAGUUCACGGUCGUGGUGGGUGGGAGUUACGGCGCCGGGAACUACGGCAUGUGCGGGCGGUCCUACAGCCCCCGGUUCCUGUGGAUGUGGCCUAACGCCCGCAUCGGCGUCAUGGGCGGCGAACAGCUGGCUGCUGUCAUGGAAACUGUGGGACAGAAGGCCGAUCCGGAGUUGAGAGAGAGGAUAGAACGGGAGAGCGAUGCUACCUAUUCUUCGGCGAGGUUAUGGGUGAGUUUUUCCUUUUUCUUUUUCUUUUUUUUUUUCCUCCUUUUUUUUUCUUUUUUUUCUUUUUUUUUCCUUCUUCUUUGUUCUCUCUCUUUCUUUCUUUCCCUUACUGCUUUCGUCGUCCCUACCUGGAACACGCAUGCUGACAGUAACAUUAGGACGAUGGCAUCAUCCCCCCCCAGCACACGCGGACGUAUCUAGGUUUGGGAUUGAGGGCGGCCAUGUCGGGGCGA